AAAAUUGAAAUAAAAAUUAAUAAAAAUAUAUUAUUGUAAAGAAUCAUAGAAAGUAUGAAGUCGUAGGAAUAUAGCCUUUUCCCUCAACCAAGAACUCAACCACAAAGUUCUUAUUAAUAGGAAAAUUUGUUUAGUCCAUAGCAGAACUGGAGAGUGACUACUACAAAUAAGACUCCUGCUGUACAGGUCUAGACAUAACCUGCGUUUUUACCAAUAGUUCCUUCAUCGGUAAGAGUAUCUUAAUUGCCAGUUAAUUAUGUUUUAACUCCAUAACCAAUAAUUCCUGUCAGAUCUAAUCCUUAAAUACCUCAAUAAAAGAUCAUUUAUCAUUCUCCACAAUAAUUAAGUUAAUAGGGUUAUCAAGAAAUUUAAUAACAGCAAUCUCAAAAUAAAGAAAUAAAACAAAUCUAAGAAAAAGUCUAAGAAUAAGCAUAGCAAUAGUUAUAGUAAUAGUAACCUAAUCCUAUCCACUCAUACAGACAAUAGUUGAUUCAAGAAUAGGUUCGCAGCGAAUAAAGAAACGAAAAAUAAAAAGAGAUAGAAAAAAAGAUCCAUGAAGAAAUACUUUCUUAAUCAAAAAGAGUACAUCCCUCCUAGAGGGUGUAAUAAACACAGUCUCCUUUUAAAUAAACUAAGACUCUUCUUUAAAGCAUUAAUAUUCAUCAUAACGAAAGAGAUUUGCAUAUUCAAAAAUAAAAUUAGAAUUAAAUUUAUGAAUAGCAUAAUUAAUAGUACAAUUAAUAACCCUCUAAUCUAUUAAUCUCAAGGUCUUAUGUUUAAUUACCUCAAUAACCUACUGCUGUUUAGUGCGUUUCCCCUCUUGUUAACUCUUAAAUUAGAGCAAUAUAAUCUCCAGUUGUUCCAAUAACAGGAUAAUUGUUAACUUCUUAAGUGAGAGUUUUACAGCCUUUAAAUCCACCUAUUGCAAUAGCAACAUCUACUGCUACUACAAGAUUAAUUCCUACUAAAACAUCAAAAUUAAUUAUAAAUUAGAUUGGAGCAAGUCCUGUCACUAGCGUAUCUUCAGUUUUAACACCCCAAUCUCAGCUAUUUUCUUAAUAAGUAAUUAGAUAGUCCCCAGUUACUUAUGGUGUACCUUUAGUUCUAAGUUAACAAUAAUAAAGCUAAAACAUUGUUAAAGUAUCUUAAAUCAUUUAAUCACCAAAGAAUUAAAUAAGUUAAGUGAAUGAAUUUGCUAUCAAUAGUGGAUUUAGAAGUUUUCAGACUGAUAGAGAUAAUUUCUAAAGAAAUCCUGAUUUUAUUAAAUCAAUCGAUGGAGGUUUUGGCACAGAGAGAGUAACUAAAGCAAAUAAAACUGAAACUGAUCUUAAUACUCAUUAAUAGUAAGUUAGAUAAAUAAUCUAAUAAUCUAAAUUCCUUCUUUAAAAUGAUAUCUUGCCUAAAAACGAAGAACUUAACUAAUAAUAUUAAGGCUUGAAAUAAUAUGAGAAACUCAGUCUUCAGAAUAGAUAGGAUCAAGAUAAAUUCUUUUAGGAUUUUGAAAUGAGAAGAAUGCAGUUCAACAAAAAGCUCUAGCAAUGCAGCUAACCUUCUAAUGCUGAAUUAAAUGAGUUUGAAGAUCAGAAAAAUAUUUAAUCAAAUUUAUAUAUGAUUCAUCAAUAGAGAGUACAAUUCGCUCCUGCUUAAGAAAUUUCUCAUAUAGCUGUCUCUUAAAAUAUUUCCCUACAAAAUAAUCGCUCUUAACAAUAAAACUUAUAGAAAGCUUAGUAGGUUCCAAAGAAUUUGAAUUUACCAACAGAGUCCUAGACUUUGAAAUAGCCUAUUCUCACUGAAUAUGAGCAAAGCCUCAUCAUUCAACAGUAAUCUACAUCUAACUUUCCAAAUUCUUCUCGUAAUUAAAUUGAGAAGACUGCAUCUACUUCAGAAUUAAGAGAUAAGAAUUAUUAAGGCCAAACAAAAGAAGAGACAAGUGAGCAAUAUGAAACAACCUAAGGAUUAGACUUGAAUAAUAUCCAAACACCUUCAAAUAAUUAGCUGAAAGAAUCUGAGAAAAAGCAAUAAAAUAACUCAAGUGAUAAUAAUUAUCGUCAAGAUGAAGAAUUAGAAGAUAACCAAAAUUACUAAUAACCUGAACCCAGUAUCUCUAAUCAAAUUAACUAAUAGGAUAUUUCAAGAUCUUCUACUGUCCAUCAAGCAAUUGAAAAAGAUGUAGUCUAUUCAUAACAACACUAAGAAUUCAAAUAAAAGUUUUUAAAGUCUAAGGAUCAGUUCUACCAAGAAAAGAGCUAACUUAGCGAUAGAUCAAAACAAAUACAACAAUCUUAAACGUAAGAAUCCGAAAACAAAGACUUAAAGCUCGUUUAAUAAUAAUAAUAAUUAUCUUCUGUAGUCUAGGCUAAUUAAUAAUUGAAAGAUUAGAUUACAAACAAUAAUCUAUCCUAAUAGUCUAACAGGUAUCAAUUGAUAGAUGAGGAUGAAGAUUAAUAAAAUACUGCAGGCAUUAAUUAGUAAUAAUUACAAUAAUAAUAAUAAGAAUAAAAUAAUAAUUCUAAUCAAUAAAAUCAAGCACUAGGACAACAAUAGCAAUAAUUGAUUUAGCAAUAAAAUAUUUAAUAAAUUUAAUAGUAAUAUCUUUUAUCUAGAGGAUAGGCAAAUGAAUAACUUCUUAAUUAAAUUAAUAAUAAUGACGAAGAAUAUUAAUUGGGAGACCUUGCUUCUCAUUAAGCUCAUGUCUAAGCAUAGUAAGAUUAGUAAAAACAUUAAUAAAAUUAGGAAGAGUAAUAAUAACAAAUUAAUUUAAAUAAUGAUUAACAACAGUACUUGUAAAAUAGAGGGCAAAUUAAUGAUCUAUUUUUACAUUCAUUAGAAAAUAAAUAUCAAAAAUAAUUUAACUAAGAAGAAGAAUUUGAAGAUGAAAAUUAUCAGAAUCACUAAGAAGAAGAAUAAGAUGAAGAAUAUGAGCAAAAUCACCAAGAAGAUAAUUACUAAGAUUUAAUUGACUAAGAUGAAAAUAAUCAAUAUGAACAUCAAAUAUUACCUCGUGAAAAUUUUGAAUCAGAAGAAGAAUAUUAGAGAUACUUACAAGAGCAAUAAGAAUACUUCAAUAUAAUUAAUUAAUAACAUUAAAUUCUUACUCCUGGUCAUUUUGAUAAUGAAGAGGAUUACAAUUAAUACAUUUCUUAAAUCUAAAAAAUUCAAUAGAUUUAAUAAUAAAAUUUGAACUUAUAGCUAAUGCAACAAUAAUAUUUAGUAUAAAGAGGAGAUGCAAAUGAAGAGCUAAUGCAGUAAUUUUAUUAAAACUAGCAGUAUUAAUAAGGUGCAGCAUCUAAUAAUCACAACCAAUAAGGUUAAGAAGACCUUAUCAAUUUUGAUGACUACUAAAAUCAAGAAAAUAUUUAAUAGUAGAAUUAAAAUAUUUAAGACAUGGAUUAAGAGUUUGAAAAUGAACACAACUAGCAAAUCAACACUAAAAUUCAUAACUAACAGUUCUAAUAACAAAUAUUAAAUCAACAAAUUAAUUAAUAAGGAAAUCAUCAAUUUAUUCAACAGUAAAUGAUGUCUUAAAACUAACAGGUAAAUUCUCCCUAGCAUUAUGAUGAUGAGGAGAGAUUAGUUAUGUUGAGAGAGUAACAGCUUCUAUAAGAAAAGAAAAAGAGGGAAGAAGAAAGACAGUAAAAAAUUUAGCAAAUUGAGCAAGAUGAGUUAUUGAGACUAAGCUCUCAUAGUUUAGGCAAUAAGAAAAACUCUCUGAAUCCUGAUUUAAUUUGA